AUGUAUUCAGAUAAGUUACAGUUGAAUCUAAAAAAUCAUGUUGGAAUUAAAAAUUCAAUAGACGAUUCACAUUUCGCACUAGGACAAGCGGGAUUUAUAAAAAGAGGAAAAUAUGCUUGGAUUGUACAAAAUUCAUCAUUGGAAAUAUUAUCCACAGAAACAGGAGAACGAAUAGCAUUCUAUAACUUCAAUAGAAAUCAUGGAAGUCGAGAUUGCGUUAUUACCUGCGUUGAAGAAAUCACAUAUUUAGAAGGAACUUGUAUCUUAGCUGUAGCUUUAGAAUUCACAGCCAGUGAUGCCAGUGCAGGAAUGAUCAGCAUUUUCUGUGUUCAUGGCUCGAAGAUUCUCGGUUCGAUGGAUUUUUGUGAGCGAAUCACUUGUUGUCGCUACAUCGUUGAAGGUUGUUGUAAAAGAAGUGUUCUGAGACAUUUUAAUGGUACACUAGCUAUUGGAACUGAUCAGGGAAAGCUUUUUCUAGUUGAUAUCAUCAUACCAAAAAAUACUCGUGAAAUUGCAACAUCACCAAGUUACGAUUCAAAAAUAUUUCAAUGCGUGAAUAUUCUUGCUAAUGUUGAACAAUCAGAAAUUGCCAGACAACAUCGAAUCUCGUCGACACCUGAACAAGGAAUGUCAGAAAAAUUAUUUUUCUCAAUUCAACUCGACGUGUUGAAUGAUUCGAGUCCAGUUCUGUCGAUUCUUUGUAUGCCGAAUGUGUUUACAAUGGCUGUAGGACUGGAAGAUGGUCGAUUAGUGUUUUACGACCUUUCAAGUCUUCAACCAUUCCAUCUGGCUUAUCCACCAAACAAUCAUUCGCCACUAACUCACAUUUCGUAUCUCGAACCGAACGACGAUCCACGUUGUCACGUCUAUGUUUGGGCUUUCCAUUCAUCGCGAAAUGGUGCAAUUGCUGUGAUGCAUUCAUUAAUGUUUGAUACAAAGAUUGAUGGCAUUUAUGAAGAUUUUCGUUCAUGUUCUGUUCGACUGACGAUGCCAAUUUAUGUGAAGGAAACUUUUCCAAUUUGCUGUCGUGCAAUAACUCGCCGUUUGACACAAGAUGAAGAAGAAGUUUUAACGUUAAACAUUCUCGCAUGGACAUCGCCGACAAGUAAAAACACUGACAUUGUUGUCUUCGAUCUUAAUCAAUGGUACAAAGAAGAAAUGCCGAAUGUCGGCGAUUGGCGGAUUCAAUCAAAUUAUUUAGCAGUUUUCGAGAUUCCAACGUGUACUGCACUUGAUGUCAUCGUCAAUGACACUUCAGUGUUUCCAUUCAACUCCAUUUUAAGACCCGAAGAACAUUUUUAUCCAAAUUCUUUAAGUUUUGAUGUUUGUGUGCUUGAGAAUGACAAAUUUUCUCAUUUCCGUUGGUUUGGAUUGCAGAACAUUGCACUGCAACAGUUUAACUUGAAAGGACCGCAAGCCAUUCUCGAGCCGAGUUAUUACUUCAAAGAACUUCUUCAAGUCGCCAUCGUUCCACAAUUUACUGACAUCAUUUACAAUGUCGCAACGCCGAUCGAACAGAAACGUGAAUUUCUCUUGUCAGUUGCACUCGAAUACAACUUUAAUGGAUUUCUGAAAAAAUGUGCGAACGCAUGGGCCGACGGAAGUUAUUUGGGAAGAGACAACUCAGUUGGAAUUGGCUUGUCAACACUCACUGAUUGGAUUUGGAAUCGUGUACGCUCAAUCAAAGAUGUUUGCAAUCAUUUAUGUCAACCACUUUUCGAUUAUUCCGAACAACGAAUCGAUUAUGGGACACAAAAACAAUUGUCGCAGUGUUGCAAACAACUUCGAACACUUUCCGAUCUAUUGAUUAUCAUUUUGAGAGAUUAUCGGCAAUUUAUUCCCGACAAUAUUUUCCUUCAACUUCAGACACAAUCGGAGACAAUUCGAAUGGCUUCAGAUUACCAAGAAGUGUUGCAAUGGUUGUUGAAUGUUGGUUUGUUGCCUGAAGGCUUCGAUAAUGAUCAACAACGACGUGAUCACGACAUGUCCGACGAUUUUCUUAUUGUUCCUUAUCCAUAUCGAAGAAUCAACGCACAUUACAAUAAACAACGAAAGAAGUUUGACGACAAUUCAGAAUUUCUCUUCAUCGAUGCAUUCAUCAAACGUGAGUGCAAAGCUGAGAAGCAAUUAAGCGAGAUUUGGGGUGGAACUGGAACUUAUCCACCGAAAUCAAUUCAAGCUUUACUUCGAACACUUCUCGUGCCGGAAAUCUCCAUUCAAAGCAAACACGUGAUUUUUGUUUAUCUCUUUAUGGACAUUACGAAGGUUUUAUGUGACGGAAUUUAUGGAAGCAUCGUAAGGAAUUUAAUUAAAUUUCCAGCUGUCUUCAAAAUGAAUCCUGCUUUGAUUAAACGCACACAAGCGUUCUGGAAUUUAGACAAUGAACAUUUAAUAACAGCAGUUGAAGAGCUCAUUUCGCCACUUUCUCAUGACAAACAUUUGCCAGUUUGGCAACGUGAACUUCUCAUCAACGCUUUACUUAAACAAGAUGCAAAUAGUUUAGCUUUGAGAGCGCUUCGUUGUCCUGGUAAUCAAAUUUCAACGCGAUUGGAAAUGUUGACACUUUUAGCGAAUAAUUUGAUAAGUGAAGCUUUGAAAGUUCAACGUGCGAAUGGUGAUCGUGAAUUGUUGGAGAAAUUAUUUGAAAGAAUUCUUAAUUCACCAAGUUAUGAGCAGUUGUUGGAUUUGGCAUUGACAGAGGAUGAAGAAAUAAUUCUGACGGAAUAUUUGAAGAGUUUGAAUGACUUGAGUCACUUAAAUACGCAUUUUGUGUUUUUAUUGCAACGUUCGAAGUUCCUUGAAGCAGCGCAAUUAGUCGAGUCAUAUGGGAAUGAACCGAAUGUCAAUCUCGAACCGACAAAACAAGUUCUCAAUGCUUAUUAUGCUUCAAUGGAAUCAACAACGAGACGAAUUACAACAAUGAUGAGUCCACAACAAGAUGUCGAUCAUUUGAGAACCGCGAAAGAUUCGCCACUUCCAUUAAGCGUCAGUUUAAUUCAAUCGCCAUGCAAUGCAAACAACGACAUUUAUCAGAAAUGCGUUCAAUCGAUUGCUGAAGCUGCUUAUGAUUCACAAUCACCGAAAGAUGUGCAAAAACUUCCGUUUAUGGGCAGUCCAAAGCUUGGAAUAUUUGAAUAUAAACAACAAACACUCAAUCAACUCGAUUUGUCAUCAAAUUAUGCAUCGCAAGAUGUUAAUGAACAUGGGAAGAGACGAAAGGAAGCAGAGCAAGGAAAAACUGAAGAAUUUGAAGCACCUCGACAGAAAAAGCGACGAAUUGAUGAACAACGAUCGUCGAUUAGUUAUGCCGACACAAGAAUUAAUAAUUUAACGAUCUUCAAAGAAACGAAGCCAAACUUUAGUUUCGUUAAGAAAAGUAAAAAGAAAGAUGGAAGAGAUUCAAGUCAAAUGACACCGGAACGUGUUCAGACAUUUGGAAACUUCUUGGCAACGCCAAUUGUUCUUAAAAAGACGCCACCAAACAGCAAAAUCAUCGACAAAUGUCCACCAACACCACAUUCGAUCUUAAAAACGCGUUCAUGUCGUGGAAGUGUUUCACCAACUCCAAGUCGCUUCAGUGAGUUAUGUGAUGACAAUAAAUCGGUAAAGUCGAUAACAUUUGCAGCACUUCCUGACUCACGUGACACUUCGUUUAAUGACGAAGUGAUGGAGUCGUCAACUGAAGCUUUUUAUUCGCCUGGGAAAUCGCCUAGAAAAUCGCCAGAACUUAAAGCAACAACAUCAGCAUCAUUAAUCAUUGAAAAUUUGCCGCUUGACGGUCCAAAACCGAGAAAAUCAAUUAAAAGUCGAUCAACAACUCCAAAUGAAGAUCCACCAAAUGUUGCUGUUGUUGAGAAUGUUCGCAAGGAAUCAACAAGUGAUGACGAUGAUGAUGAUGAUGAUGAUGACGACGAUGAUAUCGAUGAUGAUUAUCCAGAUGACACAAUCGGACGUGAGAAUGAUAAAUCAAUUUAUCAUUAUGAAAGGAAAUCAAUUCUUCCACCAAAUUACGGCGAUGAAUCUGACAGUUGGAGUGAUGACACUGACGAAGAUGAGCAAGAAGUUCAAAAGGAAAAAACGAAGGAAAAUUCGGAAGUUGAGAACGUCGUUGCAUCAGACGAAGAUGAAGAACAAGAAGAUGAACAUUUUGAGGAAGAAGAACUUCCUGAACAUAGUGAUUACGAGGGAAGCAGUGAGAAUGUUGAUUAUGAAUACGGCGAUGUUAAUCUUGAUGAUGACGACGACGAUUCUUCGACAAGUCAAAGUGAAGGAAAAGAAGCUGAGAAUGUCGAUGAAGUGAUUUGUUUGGACAGCAGCAGUUCUGAUGAAGAGAAGAAUGAAAAUAUUUCAGCACCACCAGCACUAGAACCUGCUGCUGCUUUGCCUUCAUUUGGUGCUUUGUCAAGAACUGAUGAAGGAAUUCUAGAAAGUUCCAAUUUAACAGAACUCGUGCCAUCAUCAGAUGUUAAUCUUGUUGAUCAGAACGAAGAAAUGUUUGAUCUUAUUUAUGAUAUUGAAGAAAAAAAUGUUGAAAAACAACAAGAACAAGAAGAAGCAAAUGAUGAAGAGGAAAUUGCAUCACCAGAAUAUGAAGAAGUUGUUGCACUAACUGAAAUUGAAGUGAAAGUUCAGGAUAAAGAACAAAAUCUGACACCACCUGCUGAAUCAAUCGGAAUUGAAGAAAUUCAAGAGAAAAAUGAGGCAAUGGAAGUUGAUGAACAAGAGAAAGAUUUGUCAUUCAUGAGUACAACUGGCGAUGAACUAAAUGAUGGAAUUAUCAUGUCAAUUAGUGAGAGGGAAACGCUAAGUGUUGUGAUGACAACAACCGCAGUUGAAAAUGUCACAACAACUCCAGAUGAGAAUGAAACAAAUGUUUUGGAUCAAGCGAUAAUUGAAGAAGAAUUGACAGUGGAAGUGACAACAGAAGAAGUCGAAGAACCACCAAAAGUUGAAGAAGAAACAAAAAAUCAAUUUAAUGUUCGACAAACAAGAGGAAAAUCAGUUCCAAGCAGUGGACCGUCAUCACCGCGGUCAUCAAGUCGAUCACAAAGAUCAUCAACUGAAGAUCGUGAACUUCCAAAACGAAUUUUGAAAGAGAAAAUGUUGGAGAAAAUUGAAGAAGAAUCUGGUGAACAAUUCUUUUCAACUGGCGUGUUGACACGAAGCAAAUCGCAUCUUCUUGAAUCGCCGCAACCAGUGACACCGACGAGAACAACUCGUUCGACUCGAAGUAAGUCGCGAUUAUCAGGGGAUGGGAGUGAAGCGUCACAACGAAGAAGAUCAUCAGGGACGCCAACUUUGUCACAAAGUCGAACAUCACAAACACCUGAAACUGAAACGGACACAAUAACAUCAAAAACGUCGUUGAAGUCAAGAAGAAAGUCAAUUCAAUCGAGAGAUUCUCCUUCAUUGACACCGAGGAGAUUAACUCGUGCAGCUUCGAAAGAAAGUUUAACACAAAAGGAAGUGACAGAAGAUGACGAAGGCGGUCAUUUGACGCGACAAAGAUCAUUGAGAUUAAAACGAGGUGCGAGUGAAGAAAGUGAAGGGGCGAAAUCAAAAUCAUCUUCAACAAAGAAAGGUUCAAGUAGCGGUAGGAAGAAGAUGACACCAGACAAAGCAAUCAUUGAAGAGUCAGCUACACUUGAAUUGCCUUCGGUAAGUAAUCGAAGAAUGACAAGAAAGCAACUGCAAGUUGUGGAGAAGUCACGUCAGUUAGCUGCACAGUUAUCAUCAAAUGAUGGCGGAGUUCGUACAACAAAGAAGUCAACGAUUGAAGCAUCAGAUACUUCAGAUAAUGAGAGCGUAAAGUCGGAAAGUUCAACAUCAACAACAACUUCAAGAAAGAGUCGAAAACGAAAAACGCCGACAAGGCAAAAAUCGUCAAGUGUUAAAUCAAAAUCGUCAAGGAAAUCAACAAGUCCAUCGAAAUUCUUGACGUUAUCAGUAAUUCCAGAAGAAUCGACGAUUGAUGAUUCAACUUCACACCAAUCAUCAGUGAAGGAAAAAAAGAUGAAAAAGUAAAAAACUUUUCCUUAGUUUAUUUAAUAAUUAAUUUGUUUAUUGGUUUUUCUUUUCACACUCACUCACACACACACACAUAC